AUGUGCCUCAGCGGGGAGGCUUUGAAGCUCUUUGGUCGACUCGGUCCGGAGGAUUCGAUGGAUUACGAGAAAACGAGGUUAGCGUUGCAGCAGCGUUUUCGUUUCACCGCGGAGGGGUACAAGGAGAAGUUCCGUGAGAGCAAACCCCAGGACGGUGAAACCGGAAAACGGUAUGCGGCAAGAAUUGCCAGUUUCUUUGAUCGCUGGGUGGAACUUUACGGCACGGCGUCUACCGUUGAAGGGCUACGAGACUUGGUAGUAACCGAGCAGUUUCUUAAUAACUGCCACAGACGACUAACACUGUUCCUUAGAGAGAGGAAAUGCAAGACUCUCAGCGUGGCGGCUGGGGUGGCGGACAGUUUCCUGGAAGCCCAACGACAACGCAACCUGCUCGUAUUUGGGGAAAAGACUGAGUUGGUGGACACAAGAGGAAAGGAAGUAAACACUACCAACAAAUCUCUGGUCAAAUGCUUUGUAUGCGACAUUCCGGGACACAGGGCAUCCGACUGCCGUUCGAAACUGAACCAACUCUACUGCGUGUACUGCCGUCGAACAGGUCACGAUGCUAAGACCUGCACAAAGGGCAGUGACUCGAAGGAAGCUUUCUGUUGUGUGUCUCUAGGAAGCGGAAAAAAACAUUUGCGUCAGGCCUUGGGGCCUAAUCCUAAAAUCGAAGAGGGCGAUCGAAACGCCGGAGCAAGGGUUACUGGGAAACGUCGAAAAGCGCCCACCGUUGACAUUGGCGCCAUGCAGGUGACCGCGAAGAAACCCGUGCUAGCCGAGCGGGUGCUGGGCACCGUCCAGUGGUUCAACGUAAAGAACGGCUAUGGCUUCAUCAACCGCAACGACACGCAGGAAGACAUCUUCGUCCACCAGACCGCCAUCACGCGGAACAGCCCGCAGAAGGUCACGCGCAGCAUUUACGAGGGUGAGACCGUCGAGUUUGACGUCGUCGUCGGUGAGAAGGGACGCGAGGCCGCCAAUGUGACAGGUCCCGCCGGCGAGCCCGUACCGUGCUUGCCUUACGCCACGAACAAAAGACGCUUCAGAGGGCGAUGGUUCCCGAGACGGAGUCAACGCCGACCGAUGCCCAACCCGCGCCACGGUGUGCAGGCCUCGGACAACUUCCAUGACGUAGUGCUCGUGCCAGACUCGCCGCGGCCGCAGCCGCCACCGCAGCGAUGGCUGCGGCCUGGGAGACCCGGUUUGCGCCACCACUACCGCCGCCCCAGAGAUAUGAAAAGGAGCUCGCUACCCGCUGAAGACAUGAGACCCCAUUUCCAUUUUGAAGUGGAGGCCGAAUACGAGGACACCCCAGCCCAGCAGAGGUCACACCGACGCUUCUACGGGAGGUACUUCCGCAGGCGUAACGGAAGGUCUAGGAGUGAUCCACGGCUGUUCGACUUCGAGAAGGAGCCCAGGGACGUGCCGGGUUCGUGGCGCAAGCCGAGACCAAUGUCGACGUCGGCGUCGCCUUCGAGGGCGUACGCCGGACGUAACCAGGGGUUGAGCAACGAACGCUUUUUGGCAGAAAGCGUUGAAAGCGUUCCGGAGAAAGACGGAAAACAAGAAGUGCUCUAUGUGUCCGAAAAGCGAAAGGCUGUUUCCAAGCAUUAAUUGGAGAGAAAAUGAAUUUGCGAGGAAAAGUUCCCCCUGCAGAUCGAGGAGUCGCUCAUCCAUCUGUGA